UCUCCGCGAAGAAGAACAGAGUGAACUCUGAGCUUUUUGAGUGGAGUAAACCCCAAGCAAUCGCCUUCUUCUUCGCCAAGUCCUCCUCCUUCUCCUCCUCCAAGCUCAUCUUGCUCUCUCGCGUACACACACAUUUUGCAAUCUCAAAACCCUAAUCAUGUCUAUAUUUGAGUACAAUGGAUCUGCUCUGAUUGCGAUGGUGGGAAAGAACUGCUUCGCCAUUGCCAGCGACCGCAGGCUCGGAGUUCAGCUGCAGACCAUCGCCACCGAUUUCCAAAGGAUUUAUAAAAUUCAUGAUCGCUUAUUCCUCGGUCUCUCCGGACUCGCCACGGACGCUCAGACUCUGUAUCAACGACUGGUGUUCCGGCACAAGCUGUAUCAGCUUCGUGAAGAGAGAGUCAUGAAGCCCGAAACUUUUGCAAGCAUGGUCUCUGCUCUUCUUUAUGAGAAAAGGUUUGGCCCAUACUUCUGUCAGCCUGUUAUUGCUGGAUUGGGAGAUGAAGACAAGCCAUUCAUUUGCACUAUGGAUUCAAUUGGAGCGAAGGAACUAGCAAAAGAUUUUGUUGUUACUGGCACUGCAUCAGAAUCUCUCUAUGGUGCUUGUGAGGCGAUGUUCAAACCUGACAUGGAAGCAGAGGAAUUGUUUGAGACCAUCUCCCAAGCACUGCUAUCAUCAGUUGAUCGAGACUGUUUGAGUGGAUGGGGCGGGCAUGUUUAUGUUGUAACACCAACUGAAGUAAAGGAGAGGAUCUUGAAGGGAAGAAUGGAUUAACCUUCGUUAUUUCAUGCUUACAUAGACUGCAGUUACGGAUGAGGUCUAUUCUUUUAACACUUGUAAUUGAUGCGUUAGAGAACCGUAACGUUCUGAUGAAAUGUCUGGAAUUCAAAUGUGGUUUUGUUUCAUAUUUUGGUUAGAAAGCUGUUGAAAUUUUCUAAGGCACGUGCUUUGAUUUAUUUAUUUUACACUCGGGUUCUGUUUUAUGAGGUAUAUCUGAUAGUUUUGUAA